AUGAUACCUUCGUCAAAAGAUAUUUUAACAAAAAUGUACUAUCAUCCAGAAAAAUACUUUUCACAAAUGGCAAAUGUAGUAUCUAAAUAUUUUUCUCUUAUCGUUAUUGUUCAGGAAAGAAAACAAAUGUUUUUAAUAUCUAAUCAUGGAUGUAAUUUUUUUUCCAUUUUAUUUUUACUAGCCCGUGGUUAUUUUGAUUAUGAAUUUGUUAAAUCUAAGCAAACUAGUAUGUCAUGGCAAAUGAUCAAUCUACAUCAACCACUUCAAUUCCGUUACUAUUCACGUGAUCUUUCUUGUUCAGGCAAUUAUUCAUUAAUUGCUCAAUCGGUCGUUAUUGAGCCAUUAAAUUACAAUGAGCUAAUACAUAUUCAUUUAGCUUAUGGUGAUCGACUAGAUCAAAUAUUUGUUUCCUAUCUAACAAAUUCAUCACAAUAUCCUCCUCAAUGUCAAUAUGGAUUCGAUCCAUUCAAACUUGAGUUUUAUCCAAACGGAACAACAACAACAUAUACAGAAUCAGAUAUGUAUGAAGGAAAAGCAAAUAUAUGGACUGGAAAUAACGAACAUGACUGGUCAUCAAUCUAUUCAUUUACAAAUCGCUCUACAACUAAAAAUGAAGCAGUAACAUUGAUUGCAUAUGGUGAUAUUGGUUUAUCACCAGUAGAGUCCGGUGCUAAGCCAACUGUCGAUCGCGUAACGAUACGAAUUAUAUCAACAAAUAUUACUUGUUUGUUACAUAUUGGUGAUAUUAGUUAUGCUCGAGCUCCUCGCGUACCUUAUAUGGUCGGUAUUGGUAAUCAUGAAUAUGAUAAUGUUACAGGAGGAGAUAAACAUCUAAGCGGUCCACCAGGUCUCGGAGAAUUUAGACUAGAAUGUACUGAUUCAGGUGGCGAAUUAACUGCUUCUAUGGUUCAUUGUUUUCAUUCUCCAUCGAAUGGCAAUGGCCUGUUUCGGUAUAGUUUUGAUGUUGGUCCAAUACAUAUAAUUUAUUAUUCAACUGAACAUGAUUUUCGUCGGUCAUCACUUCAAUACAUGAAUUGA